UUCCCACCCCCAGCCUUAGCCAGCUGCAACCCCUGAGAACCCAGCCUGAAACGAAGCCCUCACUCCGGCAGCCCCAGCCCCACCAGCACGGGCUGGAACACAGCACCAGACAGGACAGCCAAGCUCCUCACGGGACCAUGAACCAGAAGACGACCCUGGUGCUCCUGGCACUGGCGGUCAUCACCAUCUUCGCCUUGGUCUGUGUCCUGCUGGCCGGCAGGAGUGGAGAUGGUGGCCAAGGCAGCCAGCCAACCCCGUGCCAUACAGCUGCACCCCUUGUCUGGCCCAAAACGCACCCCGACCCUGGCCGGCUCUUUGCAGACCUGAGCACGGAGGAGCUGGCAGCCGUGAUGGGCUUCCUGAGCCUGCGGCUGGGGCCGGGCCUGGUGGAUGCGGCCCAGGCACGGCCCUCAGACACUUGCGUCUACUCGGUGGAGCUGCAGCUGCCCCCCAAGGCCGCGGCCCUGGCCUACCUGGAUGGAGGGGGACCCCCGCCCGCCCGGGAGGCACUGGCCAUCGUGCACUUUGGGGCUCAAGCCCAGCCCAACGUGAGCGAGCUGGUGGUGGGGCCACUGCCCCAGCCUUCCUACCUGCGGGAUGUCACCGUGGAGCGCUACGGCGGCCCCCUGCCUUACUACCGGCGCCCCGUGCUGCCCAGAGAGUACCAGGCCAUCGACCGCAUGAUCUUCAGCCGCGAGCUGCCUCAGGCUGCGGGGCUUCUCCACCACUGCUGCCUCUCCACACCCCACGGAGGCCAGCUGGUGACAGUGACCACAGCGCCCCGGGGCCUGCAGUCAGGGGACCGGGCCACCUGGUUUGGCCUCUACUACAAUGUCUCAGGCGCUGGUGUCUUCCUGAACCCUAUAGGGCUGGAGCUGCUGGUGGACCAUGCGGCCCUGGACCCGGCCCGCUGGACCAUCCAGAAGGUGUUCUUCCAGGGCCGGUACUACGACAGCCUGGCCCGGCUAGAGGACCAGUUUGAGGCUGGCCUGGUGAAGGUGGUGGAGGUGCCCCACAAUGGCACCAGUGGGGCGUGGUCCCUGAAGCCGCAGGUGCCCCGGGGCCCGGCUCCUCCUCUGCAGUUCCACCCCGAGGGACCCCGCUUCGGUAUCCACGGCAGCCGCGUGACCUCCCCCUUGUGGACCUUCUCCUUUGGCCUUGGAGCCUUCACUGGUCCGAGGGUCUUUGACAUCCGCUUCCAGGGUGAGAGGGUGGCCUACGAGGUCAGCGUCCAGGAGGCCUUGGCUGUCUAUGGGGGAAAUUCCCCAGCAGCAAUACUGACCCAGUACUUGGACGGCAGCUUUGGCAUCGGCAGGUUCUCCACGCCCCUGACCCGCGGAGUGGACUGCCCCUACCUGGCCACCUACCUGGACUGGCACUUCCUGGUGGAAUCGCAGGCCCCCAAGACCAUCCGGGAUGCCAUCUGUGUGUUUGAACAGAACCAGGGCCUUCCACUGAGGCGACACCACUCAGAUUUCUACUCCUAUUAUUAUGGGGGUGUUGUGGAGACAGUGCUGGUGUUCAGGUCUGUGGCCACGUUGCUCAACUAUGACUACGUGUGGGACGUGAUCUUCCACCCCAACGGGGCCAUCGAAGUGAAAGUCCACACCACGGGCUACAUCAGCUCCUCGUUCUUCUUCGGUGCCGCCCACCGCUAUGGGAGCCGGGUUGCAGAGCACACUCUGGGCACGGUGCACACCCACAGCGUCCACUUCAAGGUGGACCUGGAUGUGGCAGGACCAGAGAACUCAGCCUGGGCUGAGGACCUGGCUUUUGUCCCCUCAACCGUGCCCUGGCGCCCUGAGCAGCAGAUGCAGAGGUUGCAGGUGACGCGCAAGCUGCUGGAGACAGAGGACCAGGCCGCCUUCCCCAUGGGCAGGCCCGCCCCGCGCUACCUGUACCUGGCCAGCAACCGCAGCAACAAGUGGGGGCGCCCGCGGGGCUACCGCUUGCAGCCGCAGGGCCCCGUGGGGGAGCUGCUGCCCCAAGACAGCUCCACAGCGGCGGCUUUCAGCUGGGGACGGUACCAGGUAGCUGUGACCCGGCGGAAGGAGGAGGAGCCCUGCAGCUCCAGCAUCUUUAAUCAGAACGACCCCUGGACCCCUACCGUGAAUUUCGCCAGUUUCAUCGACAACGAGACCAUCAUGGAGCAGGACCUGGUGGCCUGGGUGACAGCUGGAUUUCUGCACAUCCCACACGCAGAGGACAUCCCCAAUACAGUGACAGUGGGCAACGGGGUGGGCUUCUUCCUGCGGCCCUACAACUUCUUCAGUGAGGACCCCUCCUUCCGCUCUGCUGAUGCUGUGUACUUCCGGGAAAGUGACGAUGCUGGCGCCUGCGAACUCAACCCCCAGGCCUGCCUGCCCCGGGUUGCCGCCUGCGCCCCCCGCCUCCCUGCCUUCUCCCACGGGGGCUUCUUGCACCAUUAGGUGCAUGUGAGGGACAGACCAGCCUGACUCCCCAUGUCCUUCCUCAGCCCUGCUUUCCCCUGCAUGGCCUGCCUCCUCUGGGGGCACCUGAGCCCGGGGUGCCCACGAGGGAAGAGGGGGCGGCCUCGCCAGAGCCGAGUGGUGGCCAGGCAGUCCCCAGAUGAGUCCCUGUUAUGCUUUCUGGCUUUUCAAAGCACUUUAGGCUGCCUCUCAGGACUGCACGGUGGGCUCACCCCCAGGAGCCCCAGGGCAGGGUCUCCCAUCCUCCACUCCCCGAGGGGGGCAGGGACCCUGUGCCCUCGCCCUCUAGGCCACAGCCUUGCCCUGGCUGAGCCCCCUCCAGGUCCUGAGGGAUGUCCCCAGUCCUCAGUUCUCAGCUACAGUCUCUUCUGGCUCUGAGCCUGAGAAGUCUCACAGAUGCCAGGGCCACUGCAUGAGCAAGGGUGAUCCAUGGUGGCCUGUCAGGCCCUCCAUCUGUGAGGAAUGGAGUCAUGCUGACCUGGUCCCGCUGGGGCAGGAGGUGUUUGUGGAUGCCUCUCUGUCUGCUUCCUGCCUCCAGCUCGUUGAGAGCAGCAGUUAGUGCUGCAGGUGAUGCUGGGAGUGCAACCAGCAAGAAGACUGGCCACUGAGUGCCGGGCCCACAGGUGACCGGAGCAGCACUCGGGGUGGGGGAGGGCUGGACAGGAACCACAGGUGGGCGCCUGGGGCCAGAAGCAGGAAGUCCUGGGACUCCGCCCCCUGGAUCAAGACUGACCAAUUGCCUGCAGGCAUGCAAAUAAGCUGGGGCCUGGCAUCUGCUGGGCCCUCCCUAGUCUGCACUGACGAGGGGAACAGAGGGGACCGUCCCCUCCAGGCUGACCACGCCACACAAUGCAGCUAGCAGCUUGUCCUCUGCCUUUCUAUGCUUGGGGCAUCAUGGUCCAGUGCGAAGGAGAAGUGCAGGAUGUGCAAACGCACAUCUAGUGUGUCAAGUUGAGAUCAGUGUACACUGCCCCACCAGUUAGGAGGACGAGGAGGAGGACAGAG